AUGGCAACUGUGGGCUUGGUGUUCGGCUUGCUGGUGCUUGUUGCCUGCUAUCCACUCAACCUUUUCACAGCCAUACUCCUUUGGCAAGUGCAUGAGAAGCUCCCGCAUGUGGUUACACUUGGUGAUGCGCUUGCUGUGCUGGUGGGCCCGCGCGCAGGAAAAUACGGCUACUGUGUGCUGUACACAUACAUAUUCAUGACCAUGGCAAACUAUAUGAUUGUCCUGGGAGAUGCCGUGAGAUCCUGUCUGUACAUGGUUGACCUUUCGAGGCCCACGGCUUGUUUUCUUGGUGCCUUGCUCCAGUUGCCUCUGAACCAGUUUCGAACCCUAUCUGGCUUGUCUGUGCUCAGCAUGAUCUCCUUCGCCACAGUCUUGGCCACUUUGGUUCUGUGUCUUUGGACUUUGCUCAGAGAUCCAUUAUGCCAAAGUGAGGCCUCAGCAGGGGAUGGCUACAUACAGUACAGCUCAGCCAUAUCCGGCUUCAUCUUCGCGUUUGCGGGCCAGCAUAUCAUGCUGGAGAUGCAAGUUGAGAUGAGGGAGCCUUCCAAGUUCCCCAAGGCAGUCUCACUGUCCUUCUCCAUACUCUUCGUUGUUUAUGCCAUGGUCAGUACACUGUCCUAUCAGGCUUGUGCGGAGAAGACCCCGGGAAAUCUUCUUCUGGUGCUGCCUGCCGAUUGGAGACAGGGAAUCUGCGGCGCCAUGAUGGUAAUUCACUUGAUGGUUGCUGAACAGCAUCUGGGAUUCCUCCGGGCCUUAGGCUGUGUUUUUGCGAGCGCCAGCCUCUCAAUUCUGCUGUAUCUCCUAUUACUGAUGUUGAGGGAAGCACUUUCCCCGGUAGUUUACAUUGAGUGGUGGCCAAGAGCAUUGCCCGCAUUGUAG